AUGCCAAAUUUCAAAAGUAAUACAUUUAAAAGCAAUAAAGCAGUAUAUGGUGAAAAUAUUGCUUCAUACCCAGUAUCCAUGAAAAUUAUUAAUACGAAUUGAACAGGGCAGCUCAAAGAUAUAGCGUCUGGGCAAGUAUCAAGUACCCCUCUGUUUGUUGCUCUUACUGAUCACUUAAUUUCGAUUUAAUAAAUAAUUUAUGAAAAUAUCUUCAAGUCAAAAAAUUUUCAUUAAAUAAAAAUAUUUUUAUAAUAAUAUGAUUAUAUAUAAGGCGGAAAAUUAGGCGCUGUUGUUAGUACUGAUAAUUCCAGUGUUGGUGAAUUAAUAUCUCUUUCUCAAGGUGUUAUUUUAUCAGGUGAGCUUAAGGUUACAGCGACCAGUGGAGUUUUCAAUUUUUCCUCUUUUGUGAUUUCUGCGGAGCCUGGCACAAGUUUUGAAAUAGAAGUUCAAACUACUGGAAUUGAUACCUCAAAAAGUGCCAAAGCUAGAGACGGAUUGACUUAUAAUUCAAGUAUACUUGUUAACGUUACUUUAAGGCAUUGUGUUUUAGGAGAAGCUAGAGUUGGUGUUAAUUGUGUUGCCUGUCCAAAGGAUUUUUACAGUUUAGAUCCGCAAAAUGAUCAAUGUUUUCCUUGCCCUGAUGAGGCUAUUUGUUAUGGAAAUUACACGAUGGUUCCUAAACCAGGAUAUUGAAGAUUUAGCAUGCUAACUCUCUAAAAGUUAGCCAGUAAAAAACAUGCUAAAUUUCUAAGAAAGCACUGACCUUUGCUUAUAAAGCAAAAAUUUUUUGCAUUAAUAUUUUAUAGAUAAUUUAUAGAGAAUUUAAUUUAAAUUAUUCUAAAAAAUAAAAUUUUUAAAUUAAAAUGAAUUUAUCUAAAUCAAAAAUAAUUUGUUUAAAUAAGAUUUAUUAUUAAAAAUUUUAUUAAAAAAUACCCUUUAUUAGUGUAUAGCUAAAAAAUAAAAAUUGCUCCAGAGCGGAAAUUAAGUAAAAAAUUUUGACCUUGUCCUAAUUCAGAUGCCUGCAUUGGCUCUGAUUCACAAAAUAUAUCGUAUACGGGAAAUUGCCUUGAAGGAUACACUGGGAAUUUAUGUCAAAGCUGUGCAAAAUGGUACUCUAGCCAAUCAAAAAAUCAAUGUUCAAAAUGUCAAAGCCUUACUGUAAUUACUAUAAAAGCUACUGGAAUUGCCCUUGGAUUUCUUAUACUUUGCUGAUUUAUAACAAGAACUUCUUACAACUCUGCAUAUAAACCAAAAUCAUUAUCAAGCAUUUAUAUCAAAAUUCUAAUCAAUUAUUUUCAGCUGAUUUCUUUAACUACCACUUUUAGCCUAUCUUGGCCAAAUUAUGUAAAAGAACUAUUUUCUAUCCAAAAUAACGCAAGUUUUAUAAGUGACCAAAUUUUUUCAUUUGACUGUUUUUUAUAUCACAAUAAAGCUUUUUGAGAAGAAACUGCUAUUUAUUACCAAAAAUUGUUCAUUAUGGCGAUUUUGCCAUUUUCUAUUCCUCUCAUUUCUGCUAUUUAUUGGCUUUUUGUGUCAUUAGUAAAAAAAUCCUUUUCAUUAGCAUGAAACAAUAUAGUCACAAAUUCAAUUAUUGCUUCAUUUUUAAUCCACCCAAGCUUAAUAAAGUACUAUUUUAGCUCUUUUGAUUGCACAGAGCUAGAUGACAAUAAGUAUUGGCUGAUAAGUGACUUAAAUUUACGAUGCUGGGGUAGCCAGCAUGUUUUUAAUAUAGCCGCCAUAUCCUUACCUGCAAUUCUUGUAUGGGAAAUCAGGAUGCCGACAAUGUGUUUAUUUAUGCUACUAAAAAAUAGAGGUCAGCUAGAUAAUAUUAAUAUGAGAAUUAAAUACGGUUUUCUAUACAACGGAUACAAGCCAGAAAGUUAUUAUUGGGAAUUUGUGAUUAUUUAUAGAAAAAUUGGGAUUAUUUGUGUUACUGUAUUUUUGGCUUCAGUCUCAGUUAGCAUGCAAGCACUUACUGCUGUUUCUGUUUUAGUAGCAAGUUUGUAUUUUCAAUUUAAAAUAAAACCUUAUAAUGGAGAUGACCUCAAUAGGCUUGAAGCAAUAUCUAUUUCUGCAUCAACAGUAACAAUUUAUUGUGGAAUGUAUUAUUUAACUGGAUCUCUAGAUUACUUUACUGAACUUAUGUUUUUUAUUAUAAUUGUUUUAGCUAAUUUGUCUUUCAUGAUAUACUGAGGAUUUAAAUUAGGAAGUGCCUAUAUAGCUAUUAUAAAAGAAAAAUUAUUCGAUUUUAGAAAAAAAUUCCGAGUAAAAGAUUCGAGCAGUACAACUAACUUCACCUUAAAACAAAGGAAAUGAAUUGAAAUAGCUGAUCGAGAAAAUUCUCCAAAAAUGAUAGAUUUUAGCAAAAUUUCAAUGAUAGAUUUAUUUUUAGGAAAACUAAAAGGAGGGUCUUCCAGCAGAUAUAUGAUAAAUAAAGAAGAUUUUAGUAUAGAAGACGAGCAAAAGGACUUAGAUAAAAUUAAUAUCGAGGAAAAAAUUAUUUUUUCAGAUAAAAUAGCUUCAGAAAGUGUGCCAUGCGAAUGGACUGAAAGUUUCAGGAUGCAUAAUUUAAAUGCUAUAACCUAUUAA